UUAAACUUUAAGUGGAGUUCCAGUAGAGUUCAAUAGUAAUAAAGGCACGGACGUGAACCGGGACAACACAGAGUUCAAUUAAAUACUUGCCGUUAAAUCCGGCUCGACUCAGACUCAGACUCAGACUCAGACUCAGCCUCCGGAAUCGGCUGUCACCUGCAACUUGACCAACCGCAGAAGGUCGAGUCGCCGUGUACUGCUAGACAGUGGACACAAAAAGACUUUCAUUUUAGGCUCUGAAUAGUGUUGCAACCAUCGGGAGAGAGGCAUGGCAAUAGCUGACCAGAAGUCGCCGUCCGAUGGUAAAAUCUGGGGUUUCUUUAAGCUGCCGUUUCGUGGAAACGGUACAAACACGAAUUCGACAUCUUCUUCUGUGAUGCAUCAUCAGCAUAGUCAGAGUAACUCACUAGUCGAAGGAUCGAAUGCUCAUGGCUCUAGCUCGGUAUCUUCAGUUGCGAGAUCAAUUCUGCCUACACGGCGCCGCCUUAAGCUUGAUCCGAGCAAUAAACUCUACUUUCCAUAUGAACCUGGCAAGCAGGUCAGGAGUGCCAUAAGGAUAAAGAACACUAGCAAGUCCCAUGCAGCUUUCAAGUUCCAAACAACUCAACCAAAAAGCUGUUUCAUGCGUCCUCCAGGGGCUAUUCUUGCUCCCGGCGAGAGUAUCGUUGCAACUGUCUUCAAGUUUGUCGAGCAGCCAGAAAACAAUGAGAAACCAAUGGAUCAGAAUAGCAGGGUGAAGUUUAAAAUCAUGAGUCUAAAGGUGAAAGGACCAAUGGAUUACGUAGCUGAGCUGUUUGAUGAGAAGAAGGAUCAUGUCUCAAUUGAGCAAAUUCUGCGGGUCGUGUUUCUUGAUCCGGAGCGUCAAAAUCCUGCUCUGGAAAAGUUAAAGCACCAACUUGCUGAGGCUGAUGCUGCAGUUGAGGAACGCAAGAAACCUCCAGAAGAUAGUGGUCCAAAGAUUAUUGGGGAAGGACUUGUUAUAGAUGAAUGGAAAGAGCGAAGGGAAAGAUAUCUCGCUCGACAACAGGUUGAAGGAGUUGACUCGGUCUGAAGAAGCUGUGUUCUCUCAAGAGUGUCCAUUUGUGAUUGAGAUUUACUUAGUCCAUCAUUGAGCGAGGCUGUAUUCACAGAAUCAAGUUCCGUCUCUUAUGUA